AUGGUUACAAUAGUAGGAAUCGUACUUAUUUACUCGGAAAUCCUAACAAAUAUUUUGGAAGGAAAAGAAGUAUGGACGAACCAAAAUAGUACAUGGAUGCAAUUAGAAAAUAAUUCCUUUGAUAGAAGUGUUUAUAGUUAUGCGGAAGAUAUUAAUCAGAAUCAAGCACAAAGGACAUAUCAUUUUCAAGUCUAA